ACUACUCUGGUUCUGGUAAUGAUGGAAGUCCACCAUCUUCGUUUAACUCCCUCCAACCCCAUGCACUUGGUACACAGAGCUCACCAGGUCCAAAACGCCCUGGUAAUACUUUGAGAAAAUGGUUAACAAGCCCUGUGAGGCGGCUCAGCAGUGGAAAAGCUGAUGGACAUGUGAAGAAAUUGGCCCAUAAACACAAAAAAAGUAGGGAUGUGCGCAAAAACACUGAUUCUAGCUACCAAAAGGACUCUGAUGAGAGUGCUGCAACGCCGCAGGAUGAAACAAUUGAUGAGCGUGUGCGAAAUGAAGGACUUAGUAGUGGUACCCUCUCUAAAUCAUCAUCAUCUGGCAUGCAAAGCUGUGGAGAAGAAGAAAGUGAAGAAGGGCCUGAUGCUGUCCCACUGCCACCACCUAUGGCUAUUCAGCAGCACAGCCUCCUCCAAUCUGAUUCGCAAGACGACAAGGCACCUCGCUUACUGGUACGUCCUACUAGUUCUGAAACUCCAAGUGCAGCUGAACUUGUCAGUGCUAUUGAAGAACUUGUGAAAAGUAAAAUGGCUCUAGAAGAUCGUCCAAGUUUUCUUCAAGUAGAUCUGGGAGACAGUAGUAGUCCCUCAUUUAAUCCUUCAGAUACUUCUCUCCUGUCUUCAUCUUCUCCCAUUGAUGAAAUUGAAGAAAAGAAAUCCAGCUUCUUAAAACGACGACAUUAUGUGCUACAAGAACUAGUCGAUACAGAGCGAGAAUAUGUGCGGGACCUCAGUUACGUGGUUGAGGGAUAUAUGGCACUUAUGAAAGAGGAUGGAGUUCCUGAUGACAUGAAAGGAAAGGAUAAGAUUGUUUUUGGAAAUAUUCAUCACAUUUUUGACUGGCACAGAGAGUUCUUUUUGGGAGAAUUAGAAAAAUGUUUGCAAGAUCCAGAAAGGCUCCCACUGUUGUUUGUGAAACAUGAGAGGAGGCUACAUAUGUACAUUGUUUAUUGUCAAAAUAAACCGAAAUCAGAACAUAUUGUUGCAGAAUAUAUUGAUACCUAUUUUGAGGAUUUGAAACGGCGCCUGGGUCAUCUUCUUCAAAUUUCAGAUUUACUAGUAAAACCAGUGCAAAGAAUAAUGAGAUACCAGCUGCUUUUAAAGGAAUUCUUAAAAUAUUCCAGAAAAGCUUGUGUGGAUGUUGCAGAAUUGGAGAAAGCUGUUGAAGUUAUCUCUCUUGUUCCAAAACGGUGCAACGAUGUAAUGAGCGUUGGACGACUGCAAGGGUUUGAUGGCAAAAUUUUAGCCCAAGGAAAGCUUCUACUUCAAGAUACAUUUUUAGUCUCAGAUCAAGACACAGGACUUUUGCCUUGCUGUAAAGAAAGACGGGUGUUUCUUUUUGAACAAAUUGUAAUCUUCAGUGAACCCUUAGAUAAAAAGAAAGGAUACUCUUUGCCAGGCUUUCUGUUUAAAAAUAGUAUCCAGGUUAAUUGCCUGAGUCUGGAGGAAUGUAUUGAAAAUGAUCCUUGCAAGUUUGCUCUUCUAUCAAGAUCUACAGAUUCCACUGAAAUGUAUAUCAUGAAUGCUACAUCUCCUGCUGUAAGACAGUUGUGGAUCCAUGAACUCAACCAAGUGUUGGAGAACCAACUUAACUUCCUUAAUGCCUUGACAUUACCAGAGGAAUAUCACAGAAACCAAAUUGGUGGAAAUGUCCCAUCUGCCAGUGGACCUACCUGCACUAGUGGACUGAGUACCUCUGGUCGAAGUAGGCCUUCCCGAAUUCCCCAGCCUGUCAGACAUCACUUAUCUGCUCUGGUUUCUUCUUCUUCUGCAAUAGCAGAGGCAGACAAAUUGUCAGGUAUGUUUGUACGUAGUGCUUCAGUGUCACCACUCAACUUCUCUUUAGACCCUACACACUCAAUUGCAGACAAAGUUCUUUCAGGUUCAGAAACAAGUGUCUGUAAUAAAGAAUGUUUAUCCGAGGUAAAGACAUUUGAUGGCUGCAAGAAACUUAACAGUGGAUUAGCAAAUGGCCUUCAGAGAAAGAUUUGUGAGAACACAGAGGAUUGUCGGCUUGCAUUAGCGAAGAAAAUAAACAGUGCUACAGCAUCUUUUAACACUCAUAGUUCAUUUAACUUUCCAUUGUCUUUUGGUAAGGAAUCUACUGCAUCCAUCAGCCCUUUUCUUAAAGGCUCUUUUUGGAGCUCAGUAUCCUCAGCUAGUCGUUCUGGUUCCAUCACUUUUCCUGGUGAUACCUUGCAACACAAAGGUCUUCGUCAGUCCACACACAACAAGGAUUCAGACCGUCUCAGCACCUGCUCCUCAGCCAGUGAGCAGUCAGUUCAUUCCACUAAGAGUAAUGGGAGUGAAAGUAGCAGCAGUAGCAAUAUCUCCACUAUGUUGGUGACACGUGAUUACACAGCAGUGAAGGAGGAUGAAAUUAAUGUCUACCAAGGAGAGGUGGUUCAAAUUAUGGCAAGCAACCAGCAGCGCAUGUUCCUGGUGUUCCGAGCUGCCACUGAUGCUUGCCCCGCAGCUGAAGGCUGGAUUCCAAGUUAUGUCCUAGGCCAUACAAGUUCUGUCACCACUGAUAUUUUUGAUGGGACAAUGAAGUGGGUAUUUGGCUAAGAAAGGUAGCAAUAAAAGUAAAUGUUUUAUUUAUGUUUGAGUGAUAAUGCAAACAUAUUGUACAUAUGUGGUAAUAACCUGCUAUUUAAAGAUUCGGGAUAAUUGCAGACAAGCACCUUAUGGAUGUUUGUGUCUUUUUGCUUAUACUGAUUUUAUGUAAUGUUGCAAAGAACUUUCUGUACAACAAGGGCAAAUAAAAUUGAAAAAUGGAAUGCAAAUCCAGCACCAUUAGUUUAAUUGAUUAUUGAAAUGGAAUUUUACAAUAAAAACAAUCAAACCUGUAUUUUUGUAUUUUAUUUUUUGCAAAA